UUUAGAUAAGGCAGGAACCAGUUGGUUAGUUCAGUUUGUUCACACUGUUUGCAAAGAGAGGACCAUGUUGAGGUUCAUCGCAUUUCUGGCUUUGUUUCUUGCUGUUACUGCUAGGAGUAACCCUCGGGUUAGCCACAUAGCUUACAGGGACUGGGUAAAUAGAUGGCAGAAUUUUGAUUCAUCGUUCUUUCAGAACGCGAAUAAAGACUCUGCAGAUCUUACAGGAUGGAAGCCAGCUGCAUUCAACUUCAACUGCACAGUGGAACCAUCGCCAUCACCCCCAACCUCAGUACACGCUUUACGACCAAGUGAUUUUGCUGUUGUCGCUGCAUUCGGAGACUCCAUCAUGGCUGGCAAUGGUGUUUUGUCCGACAUCAUUACUGAUGUUGCAUUCCAAAACAGGCAUCACAGCGCAUACGGAGGUGGUGCUGGGGAUAUAGCUUCUGGAGUAAGGACAAUGCCAAAUGUUCUUAAGUUGUUCAACACGGACUUGACUGGCUACAGCACAGACGAGAGCAGUGCAGGCGACCCAGAGGCUGGUAUGAAUGUUGCAGUUCCAGGAUGUACUGCUCAUUGUAUGCUGGAUCAGGCCACUGAUCUUGUGAACCAGAUGAUUGAUUCUGCCGAUAUUGACAUCGACAACGACUGGAAGGUUGUCAACAUCCUUAUUGGUGGCAACGAUCUCUGCAGAUCAUGCAAUGAUCAGGACUAUUAUAGUGCUGCCCGUUACGUAGAAGAAAUUCAGAACUCAAUCGACCAUUUGUUCGAGAACUCCCCGCGUACUUUGGUGAACGUAGUACCAAUGUUUGAUAUAACUCCUCUACCAGAAAUGAGUGAUGGCAUCAUGUGUGACACGCUACACGAUAUGUUCUGCGGUUGCGUAACUGAUGAUGCAACACGACCCGGCCUAAAACCACUUCAAGAAGCUUACGUGAGAGGACUUCAUGAUAUGGUCAACAGUGACCGAUAUGAGACGAGAGAUGACUUCACUGUAGUCAUUCAGACUGGAUUGGAAGAUGCGACUCCACCGAGACUUCCAAGUGGUGAAGUUGACAGAAGUUUCUGGUCACCCGAUUGCUUCCACCCGGGUACCAAAGCUCAUUAUGUCAUCGGAAUCCAGCUUUGGAAUACAAUGCUCCAGCCUGUAGGACAGAAGCAGACACUGGUGAACUGGGUCGAGCCUGGACAGGACCCCAUCAGCUGUCCAACAGCAGAGCGCCCAUACGUAUACACAAGAAGGAACAGUUCAUAAAUUAAAAGGAUAGACCUGAAAUUGGAAAGAAAUUAGCGUAUAUUAUGACAUCACAUGGUCUGAUUGACAGCAGAUUGACAGAAUUUGACAUUUUAUUAAUUAUGGGAUUAGUUAAAUGAAUAAAACUCUAACUAUUACAACAACAACAGAAUGAAUGAAUCUACAUGUUGAUAACUGCUAUUAUAUAUCUAAAUGUGAAUGUGUUUAGAAACGUUUGCGUUUAUUGCAUGUUUAGGUUGAAUAAUUAACGCGAUCAAACAUAAAUCAUUGAAUCAAAU